GCCCAGGGAGGCGGGCGCGCUUUGGAGAGGCGGCCAGUCCACGCACACGCAACACACAACACACACACACACACACACACAAGGCCCUUCCUUGCCAGAGGAGGAGGAGAUGGAGGCGAGACGGGGAUUCGUGGUGCCUUAAACCCGAGCGGGGAGUUGCAGGCGGCGAGAAGGUGGGAGCCAAGGUUGGUCCCACGAAAGGAAGAAAAUCCCUGCGUGUUCGUGCCUUGCUCCGUGGAAGGAUCCCAAGCCGGAGCCAAGGAGGAACGCAUCGCGGAACCAGAGGAAACCAGGAACCUGAACCCACUUGGGAUCCCUUCCUUUCCACGCCACCCACGCGAGAUGCCUUCCCCACGAGAGUCAGCAAUGCCUCUCUCGGUGUUGGUCAACCUGCUGCUGCUUCUCCCCAGUGUUGGUUCCUCCAAGAUUUGCUUCCCAGGAUGUCACUGCGAGGUGGAGAGCUUUGGUCUCUUUGACAGCUUCAGCCUGACCAAGGUGGACUGCAGCGGCCUUGGCGCGCAUAUUGUGCCUGUCCCCAUCCCACUGGAUACAACCUACUUGGAUCUAUCGUCGAACCAUCUCGAAUCUCUCAACGAGUCCAUGCUGACCGGACCUGGAUACACCACGCUGGUGAGCCUGGAUUUGAGCUACAACACCAUCUCAAAGAUCGUUUCCACCACCUUCUCAAGACUCAGGUACCUGGAAUCUUUGGACCUGAGUCACAACUCUUUGGUUGCCCUUCCAGAAGACUGCUUUUCCAGGUCACCCUUGGGAGAGAUUGACCUGAGCAACAACCUCAUCCUGGAAAUCUCCAUGGACGUAUUCACCUCGAAAGGUCAACGGAAACCGAUUAAUGUCGACCUCUCCAACAACUUGAUAAGCCUGGUUCUGAGGCACCAAGACAAAGCCAUCCCCAAUAUUCAGAGCUUAAACCUGUCUGGGAAUAGGUUGAGGAACAUCCCGGUUCUUCAAGGGAUUCCUCUCCGGUACCUAAACCUUGAUGGAAACCCGAUCUCCGCCAUUGGGAAAGGGGCAUUCUCUGGAUUGAAGGAUUUAAUCCACUUGUCACUCAGCGGUAUUUAUGACCUUUCGGCGAUAUCGCCGUACGCUUUCAAAGACCUCCCUGCUCUUCAAGUGUUGGAUUUAUCCAACAAUCCCAGUAUCCGUUCAUUGGAUGCCGAAGUCUUCUACAGCCUGGGUUCCUUGCAGGAGCUCAACCUGUCGGGUACAGGGGUGGCCACGUCUUUGUCGAAAAGCAUGCUGAAAUACCUGCCGUCCAUCAAAAGCGUCACUUUGGGCAAGAACGUCAAGUGCCUAAAGACAAUCCGGGAAGGGCAAUACCACAGACAGGUUGGGUUGACCAAGAAGGAGACCCUCAGCUGCCAUGACAGCCAUGGGUCGUUGGCACCCUACGUUUUGUGACGUGGGCUGAACCGCCUGUACAGAUUUCCAGACUCUCAAAGCAAAACACCACAUGUGCCUUGUGUAAAAUAUUUUAAUUUAUAUAUUUUGUAUAUUUCAAAAUUUGAUUACAAUGAUUAAUGGAAA